GGAAUUGGAAUUCAUUCAAGUUAGAAGAAUCAGUGUUGUUGUGGUUGCAUUUGCACAGGCCAUGUGUACAGUGGCCCACUCAAUUAGCAGCAAAGCAAACAUCUAGCAGCCCCUUUUCAUUUCUAAAAUCUACUCUUUUUGAUUACUCUCUUGAACCUUUUUCAACAAAUUGAAUCUCGCUCGCUCGCAACAGAAUCAAAAUAAAGAAACCCUAGAAAAUCGUAAACCAUUGAUGGCGAAGAAACGUGUUCCCGAUUGGCUCAACAGUCCUAUGUGGUCUUCCCCCACCGAACAAAAUCGCUUCUCCGCCACUUCUUACCCAUCGGAACCUCCUUCUCCACCGCCUGUCACCGUCGUAGAAGAUCCUCCCUCAAUUCACAAUGCCAUUACUACUUCACCCCCCUCUUCUUCUUCCUCCUCCGCUUCUACUUCCUCCACCGAUGACAUGUCCAUCUCCCGUCUGGCUCAGUCCCAGUCCCAAUUGUUAGCAGAGUUAUCUAGGAAGGUUAUAGAUAUGCGUGAAUUGAGAAAAAUCGCAUCUCAAGGAAUACCUGAUUCUCCUGGUUUACGUUCUACUAUCUGGAAGCUUUUGUUAGGGUAUCUUCCACCCGAUCGGUCCCUUUGGUCCUCUGAAUUAGCAAAGAAGAGGUCUCAAUACAAACGUUUUAAACAAGACAUUCUCAUCAAUCCUUCAGAAAUCACGAGGAGGAUGUUCAACUCUGCUAGUUAUGAUGCUGACGAUGUCAAAUGUGAGACAAGGGGCAUGCUUUCUAGAUCACAAAUCACUCAUGGGGAACAUCCUUUGAGUCUUGGCAAGACCAGCAUAUGGAAUCAGUUUUUCCAGGAUACCGAUAUCAUAGAGCAGAUUGACCGUGAUGUAAAGCGUACUCAUCCAGAUAUGCACUUCUUCUGUGGCGAUUCUCAAUUAGCAAAAUCUAAUCAGGAGGCUUUAAAGAACAUAUUAAUUAUUUUUGCAAAGUUGAACCCAGGUAUUAGAUACGUUCAAGGGAUGAAUGAAGUAUUGGCUCCUUUAUUCUACGUGUUCAAAAAUGAUCCCGACGAGGAAAAUGCAGCCUUUUCUGAAGCCGACACAUUCUUUUGUUUUGUUGAACUAUUGAGUGGAUUCCGAGAUAAUUUUUGUCAACAACUUGACAAUAGUAUUGUUGGAAUUCGUUCAACUAUAACAAGAUUGUCUCAGCUUUUGAAAGAACAUGAUGAAGAACUAUGGCGUCAUCUUGAGGUCACAACCAAAGUCAACCCCCAAUUUUAUGCAUUUAGGUGGAUUACUCUCCUCUUGACUCAGGAAUUUGAUUUUGCUGAUAGCCUUCGUAUUUGGGACACCCUUGUCAGUGAUCCUGAUGGUCCACAGGAGACACUUCUCCGGGUAUGCUGUGCAAUGCUAAUUCUCGUUCGUAGGCGUCUCCUGGCGGGUGAUUUCACUUCUAAUCUCAAGUUGCUGCAAAGUUAUCCUUCUACAAACAUUAGUCAUUUGCUCCAUGUUGCUAACAAGUUACGUGUACAGUCAAUCUAAUGGUUUUGCCAGCUGUUUUUUUUGCAUUUUGUUUUAGCCUUCAACGUAGCAUUUCCAUUUAUGUUUGUAAAUUACUCUGUAAAUGUUGGUUCAGAGCAGCAACUAGUAUUGUUUUAUACUCAGUUUUUUUUUUUUCUUUUUAAAAUUUUGUUUGUUUCGUCACUGUGAUCUUGAUGAAACUCUUGUAUCAAUUAUCCACUUACACGGCUCCUAGUAUCCUCAAAAGGACAAUAGAUUGGUGGAGCUUUUUAUUAAUACUGUAUUUUGUAAUACUAUCCAAAGGCUUUAAGUUGUGUCAUGUGUCCUUUGACUGA